UCUCACGAUUGGGACGCUAGCACGGUAGCGGAUCUGAACCAUGUUUCGCGCUCAAAUUUUGUCGGGUGCUGGAAGAGUCCUUGUCAGCCCUGCCCGGAUGCCCAUCUCUGCUACCUCCAGACAACUAUCCACCCAAAACCAAGGCAAGCCUCUUGGUAAUGCUCCGCUGUAUCUCUCGCUUGCUGGUUUGGCUGGACUCUCUUACUACGUCUACGGCGAGUCCAAACAGAAAUCACCUUCUCAGAAGGAUACACCCCAACUUGUUGGAGCACUAAGCAAAGACGAAUUCGUGGAUUUUUCGUUGAAGCGGAUCGAGCCUUAUAAUCACAAUACGGCUAAAUUCACCUUUGCAUUGCCCGAGAAUUCGGCAUCGCUGUUGCCCGUCGCAGCUUGCAUCCUUGUGAACGCCAAAGAAGCUGGCCCCAAAGAUGACAAAGGGAAUCCCAUCAUAAGACCAUACACUCCUAUUUCCCCAUCUGAUACUCGAGGAGAGAUCCAGUUAUUGGUCAAGAAGUAUGACACUGGGAAGUUGACUCCUUUUAUCUUCCGCAUGAAGCCUGGAGACAAGCUCGGGUUUAAGGGUCCGAUUCCCAAGAUCCCAUACGAAGCCAACAAAUGGGAUGAGGUCGCCAUGAUUUCGGGCGGCUCUGGAAUAACGCCGAUGUAUCAGAUCUUGAAUCAUGCCUUACACCUCAAGGAUGAUAAGACAAAGUUUACCCUGAUUUUCGCCAACGUAUCCCCUGCGGACAUUCUUCUUCGUGAGGAUCUUGACUCCUUCAAGAAGCAGCACCCAGACAGGUUCAACGUUGUCUAUGUUGUGGACAAGGCGGAGGGAAACUGGACCGGGCCUACUGGGCAUGUUAAUGCGGAUCUCAUUCGAAAGCAUGUCCCUCCACCUUCAGCCGGGGAGAAAGUCAAAAUAUUGAUCUGCGGGCCUCCCGGUCAGGUUAAAGCCAUCUCCGGACCGAAGGAGGGUAUGAAGCAGGGAAGACUCGACGGCACACUCAAAGAAUUGGGAUAUACCCAAGACCAGGUCUUUAAAUUCUGACACAC